CUGUUUACCUAAAUAGUUUGAAUCCAGGUUGGGGUGAGCACCCGACUGACAAGCCUAGCUCACUGUUUACCUAAGCCAUUAGAAAACAGCUUAGAGCUGUAAGUAGAGAAAUUAGGUACCGCUAAAGAAUGUGGGAGGUAUUUUACAACACCAUAAAGAACAGAAGGAGAAGAGAAGAAGAUAGAGAAGAGGAAAGAAGAAGAGGAAGGAGAAAGGGAGAAGAGAAGGUGAAGGAAUAGGGGAUACGGAGGAAGGGGAGGGGAAGAAGAAAUGAAGAAAAGAAGGAGAAGGAAGAGGAGGAGAAGAGAAGAUGAAAGAGAAGGAGAUGGAAGAAGAGAAGGAGAAUAAGAGGGAGGAAGAAGAAGGGAAAGAGAAAGGGAGAAGAGAAGGCGAAGGAAUAGGGGAUACGGAGGAAGGGGAGGGGAUGAAGAAACGAAGAAAAGAAGGAAGAGGAGGAGAAGAGAAGAAGAUGGAGGAGAGGGAGGGAGGAGAAGAGAAGGAAAAAGAAGGAGGAGAAGAGAAGAAGAUGCAGGAGAGGGAGGGGGGAAAGAAGGAGAAAAGGAGGAAAGGGAGAAGGAAGAAGAGGAGGACAAAAGAGAAGGAGGAAGAAGAGAAGAAUAAGACGGAGGAGAGGGAGUAAGAAGAAGGGAAGGAGAAGAGAAGGAGAAAAGAAGAUGGAAGAGAGGGAGGAUGAAGUAGAGGAGAGAAAGAGGGAGGGAGGAGGAGAAGAAGAGGGUGAAGGAGAAAAGGAGAAGAAGAGUGGGAUAAGGAGCAUGAGGAGGAGAGAAGAAUGAGUAGGGGAGGGAGGAAGAAAAAGAAAGGGAGAAGGAAGAGUGGGAUAGGAAGGAGGAGAAGGAGAAGAGAAGAAGGAGAGGGGGAGGAAGAAGAAGAAAGGAAGAAGGAAAAAAGACGGAAGAGCAGGAGGAGAAGAAGGAAAGGAGAAGGAAGAGGGGAAAUAGGGAUGAGAAGGAGGAGAAGAAGGCGAAGUGUUCUUUCUUUUCACCUGGUGGUGACUGAGCUUGGGCCGAGCCCAUGCCUGUAGGAGAGAGGUCUGCCAGGCGAGGCUUCUAUUUCGGCCGGUCCUGUCCCUGGAGCCCUGAGGCCGGUUCCUAAGACGCCCUAGAAGGAGACGAGAAGGAGGAGGACGAAAUCCCCAAGAAACUGAGGCAUCACUCGAUCCGGCCGGAGGGAUCUGACCCGGGGACAUUGGCUUUUCUUAGACCAACCUGUGCGCUCUUGAGAGCCAAAGCGACUGCUGCAGACGUCUAGGGUAUAAAAGGCAGGGUCCAGACCCUUGCAAACCAGGGGUGUCUCUCGGACAGACCUUCUUGCCUCUGCGGAUAAUUCUCCAGGAACCUUUGUGGGUCGUGUUGAUCUCCAGUCUUUGCAUCCCAAACCCACGCCAAGAUGCCCGGCGGCUACAAAGGAGAAUGCGGCGACGAUGUGGACCCCAUGCCGUUCCUGGCUCCGAGCGAGAAGGAACGGAUCGAGGCCAUCAGCAAGCCGUACGACAUCAAGAAGUCGUGCUGGGUCAAAGACGACAAGGAAGGGUUCCUCGCUGGAGAGAUCCAGUCGGAGACCGAUACUCACACCACGGUGCUGACCGUGACCAAGCAGACGGUCACGGUGAAGAAGGACGAUGUCCAGCAGAUGAACCCGCCCAAGUUCUACCAGAUCAGCGACAUGGCCAACAUGACCUUCCUCAACGAAGCCAGCGUCUUGGACAAUCUCAAGCAGCGCUACGUGAUGAUGAGGAUCUAUACUUACUCCGGGCUGUUCUGUGUCACCAUCAACCCCUACAAGUGGCUCCCCAUCUAUGGGGCUCGCGUGGCCAACAUGUACAAGGGCAGGAAGCGCACAGAGGUGCCUCCUCACCUCUUCUCCAUCUCUGACAAUGCCUACCACGACAUGCUCAUGGAACGUGAAAACCAGUCUAUGCUGAUUACCGGAGAAUCCGGAGCCGGCAAGACUGAAAACACCAAGAAGGUCAUCCAGUACUUUGCUAACAUCGGCAGCACCGGCAAAGCCUCUGCCGACGGGAAGGGCUCCUUGGAGGAUCAAAUCAUCCAGGCCAACCCUGUGCUGGAAGCUUUUGGGAAUGCCAAAACAACCAGGAACAACAAUUCCUCUCGUUUUGGUAAAUUCAUCCGAAUUCAUUUUGGCAGCACAGGAAAACUGGCUGGAGCGGACAUUGAGAGCUAUCUCUUAGAGAAGUCUCGGGUCAUUUCCCAGCAACCGGCCGAACGGGGCUACCACAUCUUCUACCAGCUGCUCUCCAACAAGAAGCCGGAUCUCGUCGAGAGCUUGCUUUGUGUGCCGGACCCCAAGGAGUACCACUGGACAAGCCAAGGGGUGGUUGUGGUGGACAACAUGGAUGACGGAGAAGAAUUGCUCCUCACCGAUGUUGCCUUUGACGUCCUGGGCUUCACUCAAGAAGAGAAGAUCAGCGUCUAUAAGCUCACCGGUGGCAUCAUGCAUUUCGGCAAUAUGAAAUUCAAGCAGAAGCCAAGAGAGGAGCAGGCAGAAGUCGACACCACCGAAGUGGCUGACAAAGUCGCCCACCUCAUGAACCUCAACUCCGGGGAGCUCCAGAAGGGCAUCACCCGGCCCCGGGUGAAAGUGGGCAACGAGUUCGUCCAGAAAGGGCAGAACAUGGACCAGUGCCACAACUCCGUGGGUGCCCUGGGCAAGGCCGUCUAUGACAAGAUGUUCAAGUGGCUGGUGGUGCGCAUCAACAAGACCCUGGACACCAAGAUGCAGAGGCAGUUCUUCAUCGGGGUGCUGGACAUCGCUGGCUUCGAAAUCUUUGAGUUCAACAGCUUUGAGCAGCUCUGCAUCAACUUCACCAACGAGAAGUUGCAGCAGUUCUUCAACCACCACAUGUUUGUGCUGGAGCAAGAGGAAUACAAGCGAGAAGGGAUCGAUUGGGUCUUCAUUGACUUUGGCCUGGAUCUGCAGGCUUGCAUUGAGCUCCUGGAAAAGCCCAUGGGCAUCUUCUCCAUCCUGGAAGAGCAGUGCGUGUUCCCCAAGGCCACGGACGCCACUUUCAAGGCUGCCCUUUACGACAACCAUUUGGGAAAGUCCCCCAACUUCCUGAAGCCCAAGGGCGGGAAGGGCAAAGGGGCGGAAGCGCACUUCGAACUGGUGCAUUACGCCGGGACGGUGGGCUACAACAUCACCGGGUGGCUGGAGAAGAACAAGGACCCCCUGAACGAAACGGUGGUGGGCUUGUUCCAGAAGUCGGGGAUGGCCCUGCUGUGCACUCUCUUCAAAGAAGAAGAGCCCACGGCCGGAACCAAGAAGCAGAAGAGAGGCUCUUCCUUCAUGACCGUCUCCAACUUCUACAGGGAGCAGCUGAACAAACUCAUGGCCACCUUGCACAGCACAGCCCCGCAUUUCGUGCGCUGCAUCGUCCCCAACGAAUUCAAGCAGUCCGGUGUGGUGGAUGCCCACCUGAUCUUGCACCAGCUGGCCUGCAACGGGGUCCUCGAAGGCAUCCGUAUUUGCAGGAAAGGCUUCCCAAACAGGCUGCAGUACCCAGAAUUUAAACAGAGGUACCAAGUGCUGAACCCCAAUAUCAUCCCCUCGGGUUUCGUGGACAAUAAGAAGGCUUCUGAACUGCUGCUGGGAUCCCUUGAGAUGGGAGAGAAUGAAUACAAAAUUGGACACACCAAGGUCUUCUUCCGCGCCGGAGUCUUGGCCAAGCUGGAAGACUGGCGAGACGAACGGUUGGCCAAAAUCAUGACGAUGCUGCAGUGUCGCGGCCGGGGCUUCCUGAUGAGAAUCGAGUAUAAAAAGAUGCUCGACAGGAAGCUGGGUUUGAUGCUUAUCCAGAGGAACGUCCGCAAAUUCUUGUCGAUGCGGUUCUGGGGUUGGUGGAAGCUGUACAACAAGGUGAAGCCUUUGCUGAAUGUCGCCCGGCAAGAGGACGAGAUGAAGGCGAAAGAGGAAGAGCUCCGGAACGCCAUGUCCAAGACGCAGGAGCUGGUGGACCGCCUCAAGGAGCUGGAGGAAAAGAUGGCCACCCUCAGCCAGGAGAAGAACGAUCUGACCAUCCAGUUGCAGGCUGAGCAAGAGAACCUGUCAGACGCCGAGGAGCGCUUGACCCAGAUGAUGAAGGCCAAGAUGGACCUGGAGAGCCAGAUCUCGGACAUGAAGGAGCGCUUGGAGGAGGAGGAGGGCUCGGCGGCCACGCUGGGGGCCCAGAAGCGCAAGCUGGAGGGGGAGCUGAGCGACCUCAAGAGGGACCUCGAAGGCCUGGAGACCACCCUGGCCAAGACCGAGAAGGAGAAGCAGGCUUUGGACCACAGGGUCCGCACCCUGACCGGUGACCUCCAAGCCCGGGAUGACACGGUCGCCAAACUCCAGAAAGAGAAGCGGGCGCUGGAAGAGUUGCACCAGAAAACGCUGGACGACCUUCAAGCGGAGGAAGACAAAGUGAACCAUCUCACCAAAACCAACAGUAAACUGAGUACCCAGAUUCACGAGUUGGAGGACAACUGGGAGCAAGAGAAGAAAAUCCGUGCCGAGGUGGAGAAGGCCCGACGCAAAGCGGAGGGUGACUUGAAAAUGACCAUCGACAAUCUCAACGAAAUGGAAAGGGCGAAGCUCGACUUGGAAGAGGUGGUGAAGAAGCGCGACAUGGAGAUCAACUCCGUCAACUCCAAAGUGGAGGAUGAGCAAGCCCUGAACUCCACGCUGCAGAGGAAACUCAAGGAGCAUCAGGCCCGGAUUGAAGAACUGGAGGAAGAGCUUGAAUCCGAACGUUCUAUAAGGGCAAAGGUGGAGAAACAACGCAGUGACAUCUCCCGGGAACUGGAAGAGCUUUCUGACCGACUGGAAGAGGCUGGCGGGGCCACCACUGCUCAGAUCGAGCAGAACCGCAAGCGCGAGGCUGAACUCCUGAAGCUGCGUCGGGAGCUGGAAGAAGCCGCCUUGCAGAGCGAGGCCACGGCCUCCACCCUGCGCAAGAAGCACACGGACGCCAUGGCCGAGAUGACGGAGCAUCUGGAGAACCUGCAGAGGGUCAAGUCCAAGCUGGAGAAGGACAAGCAGGUCCUCAAGGCCGAGAUCGAAGACCUCAGCGCCAGCGUGGAGACCAUCCAGAAAUCCAAGCUAAACUCUGACGCUCAUGUCCGCAAACUGGAAGACAACCUGUCCGAAGCCAAUGCCCGACUGUCUGAGCUGGAGAAGAACCAAGCUGAGAUCAAUGCCAUCCGCUCACGGCUCCAAGCCGAGAACAGCGAACUGAGCCGAGAGCACGAGGAAAGCACGACGCGGCUGAACCAAAUUUUCCGCGUCAAGACGUCCCUCACCUCCCAGGUGGACGACUUCAAGCGGCAGUUGGACGAAGAGUCAAAGGCUCGAAGUGCUGCCGUGGUCAGCCUGGCCAACACCAAGCAUGACCUGGACCUGAUCAAAGAGCAGCUGGAAGAAGAGCAAUCCGGCAAAGCCGAGCUGCAGCGCCUGGUCUCCAAGCUCAACACCGAAGUCACCACCUGGCGCACCAAAUACGAAACGGACGCCAUCCAGAAGACAGAAGAGCUGGAAGAGACCAAGAGGAAACUGACCGCCCGGCUCCAGGAGGCCGAGGAAACGGCCGAGUCGGCCCAAGCCCGGGUGGCCAGCAUGGAGAAGAACAAGCAGAGGCUCCAGAUGGAAGUGGAGGACCUCACGCUGGACCUUGAGAAGGCCAACGCAGCCUGCGCGGCUCUGGACAAGAAGCAGAGAGCCUUUGACAAGAUGCUGGCGGAGUGGCAGCAGAAGUGCGAGGAGCUGCAGCUGGAGGUGGACAGCUCCCAGAAGGAGUGCCGCAUGUACAUGACGGAGAACUUCAAGCUCAAGACCGCCUACGAGGAGUCCCUGGAGCACCUGGAGUCCGUCAAGAAGGAGAACAAGACCCUCCAGGAGGAGAUCAAGGAUCUCAUUGACCAGUUGGGCGAAGGUGGCCGGAGUGUGCACGAGCUGCAGAAGAUGAAGAAGAAGCUGGAGCUGGAGAAGGAUGAGCUCCAAGUGGCCCUGGAAGAAGCCGAGUCUUCCCUUGAGGUAGAAGAAAGCAAACUCAUCCGCAUUCAGCUGGAACUGGCUCAGGUGAAAGCGGACAUUGACAGGAGGAUCCACGAGAAGGAGGAGGAAUUUGAAGCCACCAGAAAGAACCACCAGCGCGCCAUCGAGUCCCUGCAGUCCAGCCUGGAGCUGGAGGCCAAAGGCCGGGCCGAGGCCCUGCGCCUGAAGAAGAAGAUGGAGACGGACCUCAACGAGAUGGAGAUCCAGCUGGACCAUGCCAACAAGAAUAACAGCGAGCUGGUCAAGACGCUGAAGAAGCUCCAGCAGCAGAUCAAGGACCUCCAGAUCCAGAUGGACGAGGACGCCCGGCAACACGAGGAGCUGCGCGAGCAGUACAACCUGCAGGAGCGGCGGCUCAGCCUCCUGCAGACGGAGCUGGAGGAAGUGCGGACCGGCCUGGAGGGCAGCGAGCGCUCGCGCAAACUCAUUGAGCAGGAGCUGGUCGAGGUCUCCGAGCGGCACAACGAACUCAGCGUCCAGAACCAAAGCCUGCUGGUGAUCAAGCGCAAACUGGAAUCGGACCUUGUGCGCAUCACGAACGAUCACGAGGAGCUGAUCAGCGAGUUCCGGACCGCAGAUGAGCGCGCCAAGAAAGCUGUGGCUGAUGCGACCCGCAUGGCCGAAGAGCUGCGCCAAGAGCAAGACCACUCCAUGCACCUGGAGAAAAUUAAGAAGAACCAAGAGGUCACCAUCAAAGACUUGCAGGUCAAGAUGGAAGAAGCCGAGCAACUGGCUCUUAAAGGAGGGAAGCGCACCAUCAUGAAGCUGGAGACCAGAAUUAAGGAGCUGGAGACAGAGCUGGAUACGGAGCAGAAGCGCCACGUGGAGACGGUGAAGAUCCUGCACAAGAACGAGCGUCGCCUCAAGGAGCUGGUCUUCCAGACAGAAGAAGACCACAAGACCAACCAGCGCAUGCAGGAGCUGGUGGAGAAGCUCCAGAACAAGCUGAAGACCUACAAGAGGCAAAUCGAGGAGGCUGAGGAACAGGCCAAUCAAAGCAUAGCCAAAUACCGGAAGACUGUGCACGAGCUGGACGAUGCCGAGGAGAGAGCCGGGAUGGCCGAGUCGGCCCUGAACAAGCUGCGCACCCGGCACCGGGUCUCGGCCGGCAAAGCCUUCACUUCGGUGGAGAUCAUCCAGGUCUCCAAAUCUGCCAGCUCAAAAUCAUCCGCCGAGGAAUAGAUCUCACCCCUCUGAACCGGCAGCUGGCUGAAGGACAAAGUCUCUCCAGACAGCCGCCUUUUGCAAAGUUUGCUAGCGUAGUAAUGACCGGAGCAGCUUGAAGCGAUCUAUUUUCAAAGACAACUUGCAAAGAAAGAGAAAGAAGGAAGGUGGAAGUCGCAAGCAUCUCUUGGAAUACGAAGAGAGGAAAGUGGAGGAUUUCGGAAAUAUCUUUGAUGUGUUUUCUGAACUGGAACCAGUCUGGCUUUUUUAAGAAGGCAUUUUCAUGUCAAGGACGGAAAAUGUUACGAAGGCCUGGCUUGAGCUGUCUCUUGUAAAUAACUUUCCCACACUUAGUUUAAAGCAUAGUCUCAAUAAAGCUUUCUCCUGUGAAAAACAAA